CUGUGUCUCUGGUCCUUUUUAAGCUGAGCGUCUUUUCUCCGUCCGAUCUUGUUCGCUGGUCUUCUGCGAGGAAACAACCGCAGUUCCCUUUUUUGACAUUGCUUUUAUAGUGCAGAUGCUCUCACUGGUCAGCCCUUUGUUAGUCUUCUCAGCCAUUGCGCAACAUACUUUUGUGCAGUGCGUUAAUGCUCAAUACUUAGUCAUGGUCAUCGUGACUUUCUAGUGCUAUUUUUUGGCCUUGAAGAUUCCAGUAAUAGCCAUGCAGCUGACUGUAGUCUCAUCUUCCCUUCCUUGCGUUGGUCUUCAAAAGAUUCAGUGUCAGCUGGCUCUCGUCACUCCAAGUCAUCCUGCAGUUCUCUCCCUAAUCUGCUCAGUCUUAAACUUUACACAGUAUUACACAUUCCAUUCUCAGCUUUCUGCAUUUGUUUUAAAACACAGUUACAAAACCAUCACUUCAUUCUUUUUAUUCAUACAUCACAAAUGAUCAACAUUAUAUCUCUUUCAUAUAUAGCUGUCUUUUAAUUUGUUAAUUAAAGAUUACUCAUUUCAUUCAAUACACUUCAAAAGAUAAGACAGUUAAUAUGUGGCUCCACACAGGCCUCUCCAGUCUCUCAGUCCCAGAAUAUGAGAACAUGGUUGUUUCACUCCCUACUGCUUCAACUGUGUAUUUUAAUAAUUAUUGCAUGGAUUACACAAAAGGAUAUUUUUAUGGAUUUAACUGUGAGCAGUUAAUAAAUGUUGCAUGGAUUAUAUGGAAAGAUCUCACCUUAUUUUGACAGUUUGUUAGCACAGUAGUGAAGUGUUUUGUAUUUCCCAAACACAGCAUGAUGGCUGAUGACCCAAAAGCUAAAUGUUUGCCUUAUCAGACCAAAUAAUGACCCAUUGAAGCUUUGAACUCACUCAGCGGGGUUGUAGGUGUCUUGGUGGCCUCCCUCAGCAGUCUUCUUUUUCUCCAAACACUUAAUUUGUGAGUAUGUCCAUCUUUAGGUCAAUUUAGACAUUUCUUAAAGAAUGUUUUAUCUAAACUCCAGAUGAUAUUCAGUGUGUUGCUUGAUGGACCAGAGAUUGGACCUACCAGAUCCCGAGGUUUUACACAAAACACACUUCAGCUACUUUCAUGCAACUUCCAUUUCUUCCACUGAGAUGCUGCUGGCAUUCGUUAGCUGGAACUCAUUUUAAAUAAGGUUUCCCACUUUAAAGAGGGUGACAUUUUAUGCAAUCACUUUAUCUUGUAUAUUUUUAAAUAAUUUGUACAAAUUUUCACAUUUGACAUUCAAGUUUUUUCAUGCCUUGUUAAAAAUGUAAAACCACAAAAAGGAUGAAACAACCAAAGGGGAUGAAUACUAUUUAGAGGCAUCAUAAAAGCACUAGGGUCUAAAUAAUUGACACAAUAGGGCAUUUUUAGAGUGGGAUACACCUGCCAUGUGAAUCCUCCCCAACACUCACUUUAUCCACUCCCACAGAAGGCGAGCUUGCAGUCAAAUAUGUGACUUUGCACAAAAAAGAAAAUUUAUAAUAAUCUGAGCUGCAUGUGAGCGUCAUCAUAUCUAAACUAUAUUUUGGAUGAUCAUAAACUAGACCCUGGACGAAAAUAAAGUUUUACACGACAGAGAUCUAAUAUAAGGACUGAUUACGCAAUUAUGGACAUGACUCAGAAAUCUACAGGAACAGUUACUAUUUGGGACUUCUGGGAUGGAUUUCUGGGAUGGAUUCUGUGAAUAUUGACCCAGUGAGGAUACCAGAUCUGUUAAUCCGCUCUUUGGGGAUAUGCUCAUGAGUCAUUCUGUGUCUCGGCUCUGCCCCGUCUCUCCACCAGCCGGACUGCGGUGAACUGGGGUGGGGUGGAGGUGGGGGCACUUCUUUCUCGGAAACUGGUGAAGUUUUGCGUUUGGCGCGCAUCCAGACUGCACGUCCUGGAUUUACAUCCUAAAUAACCCUCGAGCAUCAGACUCUACUCCUCUGUGACAUAACAAAUAAAAUGCAAAACCUAAUCCAGUGCGUCUCUGUCGAUGCCCACAAACUCAAACCGGGAACUCCUUCGACGUGUUCAGGCUGAGCGCACCCUCGUCCACGCGUCUGUGAUCAUGACUUCGGCUUUGCCUCCGUCCAAGGCGCUUUACAUCGGGAUGGAGGUGGUGAUCGCCGUGUCCUCGGUCAUCGGCAACGUGAUGGUGGUCUGGGCUGUACGCAUCAACCGGUCUCUGAGAGACACCACGUUUUGUUUCAUCGUCUCCCUGGCCUUGGCUGACAUUGCUGUCGGGGCUCUUGUCAUCCCGCUCGCUAUAACCAUCAGCAUCGGGCUCCAGACGCACUUCUACAGCUGCCUGUUUUUCGUCUGCACGGUGCUCGUCCUCACCCAAAGUUCAAUCCUUGCGCUGCUGGCCAUUGCCAUUGAUCGCUACCUGCGAGUCAAAAUACCCAUGAGUUACAAGCGAGUGGUGACCCCUCGGCGAGCUGGGACAGCCGUGCUGUUGUGUUGGCUGGUGUCCAUCAUAGUGGGCCUCACGCCAAUGUUCGGCUGGAACAACCUCCAUGUUCUCCUUAACAAUGGCACAUUGAUCACGGAAGAGCUUGAGGUGACCUGUGAGUUUGAGACAGUCAUUAGCAUGAACUAUAUGGUCUACUUUAACUUCUUUGGCUGGGUCCUGCCUCCUCUGCUGCUCAUGCUGGCCAUCUACGUAGAGAUUUUCUACAUGAUCCAUAAACAGCUCAACAAGAAGGUAACGCUGGAUUAUUCAGUGACAGCAAGCCACACGGAUCCCAGGCGUUACUUUGGAAAGGAACUUAAAUUAGCAAAGUCUCUUGCACUCGUCCUCUUCCUCUUCGCAGUCAGUUGGCUCCCACUUCAUAUCCUCAACUGCAUCACUCUCUUCUUCCCUGGUUGCAAGACGUCGAUGUCCCUCAUUUACAUUGCCAUCAUUCUCACCCACGGCAACUCAGCCGUCAACCCCAUCGUCUACGCUUUCCGCAUCAAGAAGUUCCACACAGCUUUUCGAAAAAUCUGGAAACAGUACAUGCUCUGUCAGGACCCCAUCGGACGUCUUCCUCAGAGAGGGAGCCAGAGAGGACAGAGCCGAGAGACGAGGCUCAGGCAGAAUGAUGAUGAUGACGAUGUUUGACCUUUGGGAACUAAUUGCAGCACUGUGUUACCAACAAUUUUUAAAGCAGUUGUUUACAGAUGAGGAGAGACUUCAUGCUCAAGGAUCUGCAUACCACAAUGGUAUGGAGGGCACCAAGGGACAUCAGAGAUGCGAAACAUGAGUUGAAGGAUUUUCACCAUCUAACAUGCACCAAGAAGAAAGGAUUAGAAAUCCCCUUAGAGAUCUGCUGUCAGAAAUACAAUGUGGGAGACUUUUCCUUUUCCAGCAAAACUGAGAGGAUGUCUCAUGAGAAAGCAGGGCUUUUAGGACCAAUCUGUUGGACUAAAAUCAAUAAGUGCAUAUAUGUAACACCAGUGGUACCAUAGCAUUGUGUAUUAUAUUUGUUUAUUUAAACUACAAUUCAUGGCAUUUAACAUGUAAAAGAGCUCAAAUAUAAUCAUCUAAAAUGUGUGCUACACUGAAAUGUUUCAUUCUGUGGCCUUAAGGACAAAAGAAACUAAACAUCUGUAACAUCUGAGUGGAACAUUUUUUAUCUACAUAUUCCACUUCUGUCUUGCUUUGACUCUUUUUUCAUUAAACCUCAAAUGUAAGCUGAAAAAGUUAAUGAUAAAGAGGAAACCGUUAACUAUUUAACAGGAUACACAAGCUACAAUUGUUAUGAGUGAAUUUUGACCAUGCUCAGGGUCUUCUUGUUUUCUUGAAGGUAAUGUUUUCCCCACCUUCUGGUGCUGCAUAGGUAUUACACCAGUUUUUAUUGUAAUCCCACAGACUGUGGAGAUGGAGAUCAUUUGUUUUUAAAUGGAGGGGAAAAAAAUAGAUCAAGAAAAAUAUCUGGAGUAGUGUUGCCUGGGAUUAUAUAAUUGACAAAGUAACUAAUACUACCUAAUGACUCCUUGUUUAGAUAUUUUUGGACACUGUUGGAAACUCAUGAUAAAUUUUCAAAGUUUACUCUCAAUUUGUCCAAUCGACAUCUUUUGUUGCAUUUUCCUUUCAAGGCAGACAUACUUUGAUAAGUGUUGCUCGUGUAAAGUGAAUCAUAAUCGACACUGUAUUUUGUGUACAUGGUAAAAUAUGACUGCAGACACAAAUAUUAUGUAUAGAACUGUAUGUAACUAACACAUGCAUGGAUGGUGAUGGGGGACCCUGUUAAUGCUUCAUCUUACUACAGCUGCGCAUUGCCAAAUCGCUCAGCUGUUGUUUGCAAAGAUCAUGAGUCCAACCUCUAAGCACCUGUCCUUUAGGAUAGAGCAAAAAUGUUGAGGUAUUUUGGAUUGUAGUGCAUUAUUUGCAUUCAAAUUUUUAAGCAUCAAAAUUUUAACUAUAUUUUCUUUUUUUUCUCAGAGAAAAAUUUACAGUUCUUUUACUUGUACUUCUCUUACUAUAUGAUGCUGUUAAGGCAGUCAUGGGUGAAUUUGUUUUUCUCACACCUCUAUUAUUUGGCAGACAAUGUGUGCAUAAACGAGGGGCUUAUGAAAAUGAAUGCAGGAAAGAUAAAAAUGAAUCAAAGGUUUACACUUUAGAAAAGGUUGCAUUUAGGCAGAAACCUUUUCUACAAAGUACAGUAUGUGGGUAUUACAAAGAAAAAACAUAAACUUAAGCACUCUCAUGUAACUAGACUGAGUGUAUUUUUAAUCCUGCAACAGUUAUAAUGAAUACUGUCUGCCUGA